CAGGAGGAGGGAGAGAGCAGAGCCACUGGAGAGGACCAGACACUGGAGAGACGUUAUGGCAGGAACCGGUCUUGGGGCCCGCUUCUACCGGCAGAUCAAAAGACAUCCCGGGCUCAUCCCGAUGAUCGGCUUCAUAGGCCUGGGCAUGGGCAGCGCUGCUCUCUACUUGCUGCGACUCGCCCUGCGCAGCCCGGACGUCUGCUGGGAUAGAAAGAACAACCCGGAGCCCUGGAACCGCCUGAGCCCCAAUGACCAAUACAAGUUCCUUGCAGUUUCCACUGACUAUAAGAAGCUGAAGAAGGACCGCCCUGACUUCUAAGCCAGGCUGGGCUGAGUUCAACAUAAACCACAGCCAACCACUUCUUCCACUCCUCCGCCCAGACCCCGGGCAGCAGUCUGGCCACCCCAUCCAGCUCCUGCUUCCACAGGCCUG